CUAUGGGAAACGGAAUGUGCUCCCGAAAGCAGAAGCGAAUCUUCCAGACGCUGCUGCUACUCACGGUGGUCUUCGGCUUCCUCUAUGGCGCGAUGCUCUACUUGGAGCUGCAGACGCAGCUGCGCAAAGCCGAGGCGGUGGCGCUCAAGUACCAGCAGCACCAAGACUCACUCUCUGCCCAAUUGCAAGUUGUAUAUGAACACAGAUCAAGAUUAGAGAAAUCUUUGCAAAAAGAAAGGCUUGAGCACAAGAAAGCAAAGGAAGAUUUCCUUGUUUAUAAGUUAGAAGCACAAGAAACACUAAACAAAGGAAGGCAAGAUUCGAAUAGCAGAUACAGUGCAUUGAAUGUCCAGCAUCAGAUGCUGAAAAGUCAGCAUGAGGAGCUGAAGAAACAGCACAGCGACUUGGAAGAGGAACACCGUAAGCAAGGGGAAGACUUCAGCAGAACCUUCAAUGACCACAAACAGAGGUACCUGCAGCUGCAGCAAGAAAAGGAACAGGAACUCUCUAAGCUAAAAGAAACUGUGUAUAAUUUGAGAGAAGAGAAUAGACAACUAAGAAAAGCACACCAAGAUAUUCACACACAGCUUCAAGAUGUCAAGCAACAGCAUAAGAAUUUACUCUCGGAGCACGGGCAGCUUGUAGUGACUUUGGAAGAGCACAAGAGUGCACUGGCUGCCGCACAGACUCAAGUCGCAGAGUAUAAACAGCUGAAGGAUACGCUGAACAGGAUUCCAAGCUUUCGAAACCCUGACCCGGCAGAGCAGCGAAAUGUCACCUUCACCCGGGGCACUCCUCCCCCCCAAGGUUCGAACUUAAGAGAGAAGCCAGCAGGAGAGCUUCAGGAGGUGUGGCAGAACCAAGAAGAAGUGCCUGCCAGAACAGAAGAGAAACCUUUGGCUUCUGUGCAGAAGCUGGCAGGAUUUCGGGCUCCCGAGGAACAGAAUCAGGUGGAACCCAGACAGCCAGAGGCACAUCAGGUGGAAGAGGAGCACAGGAAGGCCCUGGAAGAGGAGGAGAUGGAGCAGGUGGGACGGGCUGAGCGUCUAGAGGAAGAGCAUGACCCAUCGCCCGAGGAGCAGGAUCGGGAGUGGCGAGAUCAGCAGCGACAGAACGCAGCCCACCUUCUGGAUGGCCGCCCUCAGGCGGAGGUGGAGCAUUCCACUAAGGCCGUUGCAAACUUCCGCUCCCCAUAUGAAGAGCAGCUGGAACAGCAGAGGCUGGCAGCAAGGAGGGAUGAGGAAGCCCAGCGGCUGAGAGAACACCAGGAAGCUUUGCACCAACAGAGGCUCCAUGGACACCUGCUACGGCAGCAGCAGCAGCAGCAGCAGCAGCAGCAGCAGCAGCAGCAGCAGCAGCAGCAGCAGCUGCUUCUGGCCAGAGAGGUGGCUCAGCAGAAGCAGGCAGGGCAUGUGGAAAGCCAGCAGCAGCACCAGCUAAGGCAGCAAGUUCAUUACAAUGCUGUAGAGAAUGACAUUGUGCAAGGAGCCGAGGACCAGGAGAUUCCUGAAGAAGAAGGGGGUGCCUAUGACAGAGAUAACCAACGCCAAGAUGAGGCUGAAGGAGACCUAGGCAACAGACAGGAACCUCAUGAACCAGGACGCCAAGAAGGCGACCCAGAAGCUGAGGCAGAUAGGGCAGCUGUGGAGGACAUAAACCCAGCAGAUGACCCCAACAAUCAAGGCGAAGAUGAAUUUGAGGAAGCUGAGCAAGUGAGAGAAGAAAAUUUGCCAGAGGAAAGUGAAGAGCAGAAACAAAGUGAACCAAAGCAAGAGAAUGCGGAAAUGGAUGAGCACUUGGUCAUGGCAGGGAACCCAGACCAGCAGGAGGAUAAUGUUGAUGAGCAGUACCAGGAAGAAGGAGAGGAAGAGGUUCAAGAAGAUUUGACUGAUGAGAAAAAAAGAGAACUAGAGCAUAAUGCUGAAGAGACCUAUGGUGAAAACCCUGAAGAUAAAAAUAAUGAUGGUGAAGAACAAGGAGUUCAGGAUGGCGUUCAUCCCAAAGGAAAAGAGGAGCAUUAUGAGGAGGAGGAAGAUGAGGAAGAUGGGGCCGCUGUUGCUGAGAAAUCACAUCGUAGAGCUGAAAUGUAACUGGACCCAGUUUCUAGACUCUGCUCAGCCAACAAUUUUUUUUUCCAAGCUGCUCUAAAACAAAUCCCACCUACUGAAUUUGAGAGUAUUUAAUUACAAGUACAAAAGUAAGGGUUUAGAAUUUUUUAACUUUUAUAUUAGAUAUGCUAUACAUUUAUAUGAAUAUAUUUUGAUACCUUAGGUAAGAACUUAUUUUAUAGUCACGUUAAACAUGGACAAGAAGAAAAACAAUCAGACAUGCCUUCCAGUCUGACUCUCAUUUCUCAGAGCAAGAUAUUGUGAUUGGCUUUUGUGCGCAUCUCAGUUCAUUACUUUUCUGUUUUCCACCUUCCUGGUUGUCUACUGUUUAUCUCAGAUAAAAUGCAGGAUUGGGGAGGGGGGAGACGUACGAGAAACACUGUCCAAGGGAAAGACUGGUGGCCUCGUGGCUGCUCUUGCAAGUUCGUGUGUACAGCUCUGUAGGAUGCCACUACUACAUGCCACAACUACAGGGUGUUGGGAAAAACGACUCAUCUGCACAGAUCAGUUAGAAGAAUUUUUAGCAAUGCUUAAAAUCACAGCUGUUGUGCUUGAGAGGAAUCAAGUAUAAAAGUGGAGUAAUGUUAAUACCCCUAUGAAAUUAUCUUGGACUCAGUCUUAUGUUACAGAAGCCAAACAAGCCGACACAUCAGUAGAAACUGGUGUAGUAUGCGUGAUGGCGCUUCCUGGUGAACGUCCAGUUCAUCAUUUCUUCUCUAAAGUCUCUUAGUUAUAUAUUCAUCAGUAUCCAUUUUCUACAGCGAAUGUUUCUCCCUUCAGUUCUGUGCCUUGGGAUCUAACCAUUCGGUUCACAUUUAUGGAUAGGGAAGCAUGCAAAGCUACAGUUUAAUAGGAUUAUCUUUCAGAACUCUAUGGUGAGUUAUUUAUACACUAUGAUAGGCAUCCCACCUUCAGCAGCUUUACUAUUUACCCAGGAUUGACCUGCCUUUGCCUAUGUGCAAGGCAUUUUAGUGGCUAUGAAUUAUAAUACAUCACUUAAAAGAAAAUUUAAGUAGAAAUUUUUCCCUGAAAUGAGCACAUAUUGUAGUUUCAACCAUCAAUAUUGCUAAAUACAUAGAACUGGGCCACAACUCAUCUGUGUGUGGUUUUUAAAUACUACUUUCAAACUAAUAAAAAACAAAUUUAAUUUUCAGCGAUUAUUGUAUGAAUUCAAUUUUCGUUUUUAAUAACCAUACUCACGUAUGGUUUUGAUUUUCCCAGCUGAGCAGUUGAGUAUGUAUGCAUAGAAAUGUUCUGCUCAAAUGCAUUUUGGAUUCCCGGUAAUCAUAAAUCAAAUCUCAUCUUUAUGUAUAAAAGCCCCAUAUGUAAUGUAAAAUGUAUAAUAUUGUACAUAAUACUCAGAAUACAAUUAUUUUGGUAAAUUAGUUUGUAUUUUUAAUGUCCCUGUUGCAGUAUUUAAUUAUUUGAAACAGAUUGAAACUUGGGUAAUAAUCAAUAAAGCUAUAAAAAGUUAUUGGUAAGUCAUUUAAGGCAUAUAAUUUCAUAGUGAUUUGUGAUCUAUAGUUUUUCUUUAUAAGAAGAAUAUAAAUUAAUGAAUUAUUAAAUACCUUUCCCAAACAG